CGAACAAUUGCGCCGCUUCACAAUACAUUCACAAACAUGUCAAAUUCAACAAUAGCGCGCCACUACACGCGCCUCCUCUCCCUCUGGCCGAAAGACCUCCUCCGCCCAAAUCUCCCCUUCACACGAACGAUCGAAUACCGGGGCGCUCCGUUCGGCGUAAAGCCUCUUUCUGCCCCAGACGCGAAAACCGAUACCAUCAAAGCCGCUCCGCUGGCCAACGCAGACCCCAAGCUCGAGCUGGCGAACAUCAAUGCGCUGUAUUCGCUAUUGGAGAACCGGUAUAGCAAAGCAUACCCCAUGUCGCCGGGUGUGCUGAAGCCGGCGUCGAAUCCGGAGCAUUAUGACAGACUGAUGGAGGAGAUUGAGCGGGCGCCGAAUAAGAGCUGGCUGAGUGCGAAGCUGGAUGAGUGGAAGAGCAAGAUUCGGUGGCAGUAGUGGGAUCUCCGGGGCUGUAUGAUAUUCUGCAAAGGGCUCAAGUUCGUGUACAGAUAAUAGGGAAAACGGUGCCUGGCUGAGCAGCGGGCGUGUAUAAAAUGUUCGAAUACGAGGAGCAGGCAGACCCAGUGGAGAAGAGUCGGCAGUGAUGUAUUAUUGCAUGUAUUACUACAAUGUCGUGGUUUUAUAAGCUGGAAUGAUGGACGAAAAGAGUGCCCGACCAG